CGCGGGAGCGGCGGCCUCCAUUGUUCGGCCGCGUCUCUCCGAGGUCGGCGCGCUGCCGCCUGUAGCUGAGCGAACGCCGCGGGCGAGCCAUUCCUGCCCUGCAUUUUCCAGGAGUUAACGUUACAUCUCGGAACUCCAGGUGACUGCAGACCAAGGAGGAUGCGUGGUGGCCCUGGAGGCUUCCUCCUGGCUGACAGAUGGAGGAAAACGGCACUGGGGCUGCUGAGCCCGAGCCCGAGCCCGGUGCAGGUCAGGCUAGGAGCACGCCUGCCUCCCCGGACACCCCCAGGAGUGUUGAGGGGGCCAUCUUUGCUUCCUCACCGAUUCUCGACUUGAGUCACAGUGGUCUUCACCAUUUAGGGGAGGGCUUUAAAAUCCCCACCCUGAAACAACUGCACCUUCAGAGAAAUGCGCUCUGCUCCAUUCCUGAGGACUUCUUCCACUGGCUGCCAAACCUCAGGUGGCUAGACCUCCGGCACAACAGAAUCAGAGCGCUUCCUUCCGGGAUUGGCUGUCACAGGUAUUUGAAAACUUUGCUUUUAGAAAGAAAUCCUAUCAAAAAGUUACCUGUGGAGCUGGGGAACGUGACAACACUGACAGCGCUGAACCUGCGAUGCUGCCCCCUGGAAUUCCCGCCUCAGCUCAUCGUGCAGAAAGGACUGGUCGCAAUCCUGGCCUUCCUGCAGGCCUACGCCGCAGAGCACCCCUGCCCCUGGGACUUGGCUUCUCGAGCGAUUUCAUCUGUGAAAAAGAUGACCCUAAGUCAGCGACCGCAUCCCCCGUUGGACUUACCUGAAGAACAUGCACCUAACAGAGAAGCCAUGACUUCUCAGGAGCCAAAGGGGACCAGGUUAAAAAAAAAGGUGGGCUCGUGCCUGCCUGUUGAAAAACUGGAUCUGAGUGACCUCAGAAGGUCCACUGGAUCCUCGGAAGACUGGCCGAGUGAGCAGGAGAUCAGGCGCUUCUGGAAGCUGAGGCAGGAGAUUGUCGAGCGGGAGCGAGCGGAAACCCUUGCCUGCAGCCUGCUGCCCGAGCAGUUACCGCCAAACCUCAGCGCGGUGCUGCGUGCCCAGGACAAGGGGCACCCCGGCCACAGACACGUCUCCGGAACGACCCAGAAGCCAAGAAGGAAGCCACCCUCCUUCGGGGGCGCCCUGCCUGGCCUGGCGUCGGUGCACCCGACGGUGAUAGGCGCGCGGAGGCUGGAGCAGGACCGGGCCUCAGCCCUCCGAGAGCUCAGGGAGAAGCAGGCACUGAUGGAGCAGUGGAGAAGAGACAGGAGGGCGCUGCAGGAGUGGAGAGAGCGGGCCCAGACCAUGAGGAGGAGGGCGGAGGAGCUCAGCGGAGGCCCGCGCGCACGCAGGACGCUGGUGGCAUCCAAGAUUCCCUACGCCACAGAUCUGAUUGAUGAUGAGAAAAUACCAACAAACCCAUCUGGAAACCCUAGACAAAGCAAAGAGAAGUCACUGCCAGCAAGUAAAGGGCUGAGGGCCGUUCAAGGGGCUUUAGAAGAAAAGCUAAAACAGCACAUACAGCAAAUGCACGAACAAAGGAAAAGAUUCCGAGGGGUGGCACCACUCGAGGAAAUAAGGAAAACCGCACGGGAUCUGGAAAUUGCCCGAAAGCUGCAGGAUGAAGUAAUGAAACUGAAGUUGGCCCACCUGAACCACGGUCACAGGUUCCCAGCUCUCGUGGGGAACCCUCCACUGCGCCCACCUGCGUCACAGCCUCGGAAUAUAUCUUUCAACAUAAAAUAUGAAGAAUCCGGAAAAGCUUACAGAUACUGAUGACAAAGCACUGAUGCCCUGACAGAACAUCUUCAGCCUGAAAGUGGGUUCAGCACCUCGUUUUCUUCCUCAGAUGUCGUCUUGUGCGCUGGGGACAUUAGGAGCCAGCUCGGGGGACAGUAGAUGGAUUUCACGGACAGCCUAUUGUUUUUCAAUUUACGUUGUUUUUUCUGAGGCUGCAAAAGGUUCAAGGUGCAUUAAAAGAAAGAGAAUACCGUAAA